CUGCUCUGCAGAAGACACUAAAAAGCCCUUUGGACUUCUGGAAAAACGUAUAGAUUUAUUUUUUUACCUUUUAUUCUUUCCUUUUAUCACCGAAGGUAGCUGGGCUUAUAUUCUGAACUUUGAAAACAAAUCAAAUUGAAGCUUUGGCUUGAUUUGCACUCUUCUUUUUUUUUUUUUUUUUACUCAAGUCAUCCUCUUUUUGAAGAUGAAGUAUUACCAGUACCCAGUCUCUCAGACCAUGGGAAUAAAGCCUCUGUCUCCUGACAAAUGUGGGUCCCUCUCCUGCAAAGACUCUGCCUCUCUCAAACCCAUCCGCAGUGUGCACUUUCCCAACGACAUCGUCUUCCAGGACUACGUGCGCCAGGGCGAGCUUGAGAGGAUCGGACGAUUCAUCCGAGCCAGGAGGGUCAGCCUUGACACCAUCUACCACUCUGGCAUGGCAGCCAUCCACGAGGCGGUGUUGUCCGGGAACCUGGAGUGUGUGAAGCUGCUGGUGAAGUACGGAGCAGACGUCCACCAGAGGGACGAGGAGGGCUGGACGCCGCUCCACAUGGCCUGCAGCGACGGCUUCCCAGACAUUGCCGAGUACCUGCUCUCACUGGGCGCCGACCACCAGAUCGAGAACGAGUGUGGGGAGAAGCCGUCUGACCUCAUCGACCCCGAAAACAAGGAGCUUCUGCAGCUUUUCGGAGUCGGGGGAGACGACUAAGCCCCUCCCCUUUUCUGAAACGCAUCAAUCUGCUUCCUGGUCCUCCAGGCCGUCCUGCGGCAACGGGACAAAAUGGACAGAUGACGGUCAGAUAAUUCUGUGUCAGACGUCUCUCCUGGUUUCUGGGAUACGUCUUGUCAAUGCUGGUUGGCUGGCCAGUGAGAGUGGGAUGAGCUGUGGUUGGAGAGAGGCUCCUUAACAAGGCACGGUCAGCUGACACUGCUUUCUGCAGCGCUGAGAAAGGUGUGAGAUCAUGAACUACAUUCUAUGCAGCGUAUUGAGCAUUUGAAUGAAGUAGAUAGGCAGUAUGGUUAUAUGGUAAUCAGCUUUCCUAAUGACUAUUGAUGAGGUUUUGUUUUUGCUGUGGAUGUGUUGAAGGGAAUGCUUGCAUACCUUAUCCAUUCUGUAAAAGCACCCUGGGUGUGCGUAGAUGUAAAUGUACUAAUAUGGCUUUGUCUUAAUAUGUAUCUAUUUUUAUACAUUAUUUUUCAUUAAAGUAUUUUAUAACUCCA